GAAGUUAGAAAAGCAGGCUAUUUUUGGAACUGCUGAGUAUUCAAUAGUUAAACUUAGACACAGGCUACAAGCGUCUUCAGAAUUUACAAGUCACUGUGUAUUGGAAGCUUCCUUUCCGUCAGCAAAAUUAGGACCUGUGGAACGGGAACCUUUCUCAACAAGCGGUCAUGUUGCUGUGGUUUUGAGCAGUGAGUUGUGUGUAGAUUUGACCUUAUGUUCAUUAGUUUUCCUGAUCAGUAGCAUGCCAUAAGCACUUCUAUAAGCAAUGGAUGAGUUGAACGAAGUCAUUCUUGAAGUUGACAGGAAGCUGUUCCAAGUGGAGAAAUCUGUGUUGGCGGCAGAAAGUAGUUAUUUCCAAAUAUUGUUUUAUGGAGGAUUUAAAGAGAGUACAUUACGACACAUUCAUCUCAAUGGCGUAAACAAGGAAUGUUUUCAGACGCUAUUAGACUUUGUAAAAAAUGGGAGUAUGGAACUUAACCAAGGAAAUGUCACAAAUCUCCUGGAAACGGCAGAUUUUCUAGAUUUGAGGCAAGCUAAGCUGUUCUGCAUUGCAUUUCUAGUUCAUGAACUAAAAGUGUCCAACUGCUUGGGUAUGAUAUCUUAUGCCCAGCAAUAUGGAUGUGUAGAUCUUUAUGAAUCUGCUGUUCAUGUUGCUGUCACCCACUUAUCUGAGCUUAUGAAUGACUAUGAAGAUGAAUUCAGUCAACUAGAUAAGGAAACUCUAGAAGUGUUGCUACAAUCUGAUGAUUUAUAUGUAUCAAAUGAAGAUGUUGUGUUUGAAGCUGUUAUGAAAUGGGUUCUGAUGGACACCAUACGAGAGAAGAAUUUUGAAGAGUUAGUUGCAUUGGUGAGACCUGCAUUCCUUAGCCUCACCUUCCUCAAUGCUCUCGUCAAACGAAUUCAAAGAUCAAAAGGGCAAGACACCUACUUCAGGCUUUUAGAAGCCUUGAAUAGUAAUCCACCUAUUACAUGGAGCACCAUGGGCAAUAUGAUUUCAGCCAGCAGAACGUAUGAGACCUUGUAUGUCCUUGGUGGAAAACAUGAAAAAGAAGAGCAAGAACUGUAUAUCUAUCUGCCUAAAACUAAUACAUGGAAAGCAUGCUCCCUUUUACAACGUAAAAACCUUACCCAGUAUGCAGUGGCCACAGUAGGAAACCUAGUGAUUGUUACUGGCGGAUAUUUCCGAGGAGAUUUUGUAUGGUACAGUAUAGACUGGGUUCUCAUUUAUGAUUCUUCUGAUAACUGUUGGAGAGAUGGACCACCUAUGAAGAUCUCUCGAAACUGCCACUGUGCAGUGGGAAUAGGACUGCACCUCUAUGUCAUUGGUGGGAGCACAGAUGAAGGCGUUGUUGCAGAUGUAGAGCGUUUGAAUCUAGCAGAGAUGACAUGGGAGAGCCGGAAACCUCUCAUUAGACCCGUUGAAAGAGCAGCAGCUGUCAGUGUCGAUAGCAGGCUGUAUGUUAUAUGUGGCCGUGAUGAGAAUGGUGAUGUCUAUAGUGGGAUACAGAUGCUGAACACAAAGACAGAUGUGUGGAAUGUCAUCACCUACUCUCCUAUGCCCAGGUAUGACCUGUGUGCGACUGUACUUAAUGGAAUCCUAUAUACCAUUGGUGGGAAGGCACUACGCUUCGACUUCCGCACUAAAGUAUGGUCAGUAAUUGAAGAAGAAUGCCUCAACCGCAAGUUCUUUAUGGGAUGCUGUUCUGCAAAUGGCCGGAUUUAUUUACUGGGACAAAGAAGAGCUAGUAUAACUCAUGAUAUGCCCAACAUUGUCUUGUUUGAUCCAUACCUGGAUAUUUGUCAAGUAACAGAUUUAAAGCUACCUUGUCCUUUGCCCAUAAGAGGCUGUGUAAGCAUGAGACGCUGUGAUGUUUGGUCUUAAAGGGGUAAUCCAGUUAAAACAAUUUUCUGUCAUUGAUAUAUGUGAGAAGAUUACUCAGUCAGCGCGUGUAAAUACGUCUUUAGAAAAACCUAAGAUGUAUAGGUGGCGGUGGUGAGUUCGACAGACAUAGGUCUCAGCUGAAUGGACACUCGUAGGAUAGCUAUUGAAGGUGUCUGGGAACUUUCAGUGACAUUGUUAUAGGCAUCAUCACAAACUGGGUUAUCUACUUGUUUUUAUUUUAUUACUGUGCAGGUUUUAUGAGACCGGAGCACAUCCUAAGGAUGCUUUCACACUUUCAUAUUUUGACCAGUAUAUGGCAUCAGUAUUUGCGAGCCAAAGACAAAAACGGAACCUGCAGAGAGAAAAUAUAAUGGAAAGAUUUAUACUGCUUCUGUGUUUUGGACCCACUUCUGGUUUUGGCUUACAAAUACUGACUGUGUGAAGGUGGCCAGUUCAAACAAUUUUUGGGUUCUGAUUUUGGAGUGUUUCAGCCUCAAAAUCAACUCCCAAAAUCAAAACAGCCUACCAUUCAUUUCAAUGGGAAGCAGUACUUGUUUUUUUUUCACCAUGUGGAAAAAGAAGCAGUAUGCCCUAUCGUGGGGCCUGUUUACAAAACGCUCUUUUUGUGCUGUUUUUUACUUGUUUUCCAUUUGGAAUCCAUGCAAAAAAUGCCUCUGAAAAGCCUUCAAUUGAAAUGAAUGGACUUGCAUUUAUUUUCCAAGUUGAAAAAAAGCUGAAAAAAGAAGCAGGAUGCUCUAUUUUGGUGUGGAAUCCACGUUGAUUCUCCAAUUGAAAUGAAUGGGAAGCUGAAAAACGUGCCAAAACUGCACCUCAAGCAGCGCUGAUUUUUUUCAGUGUGUUUCCAAAAUUCAUUUUGUGAAUGGGCCUUAGGGUGAAAUCUGUGCUGAAUCUACCACUGAAAUAAUGGGAAGUGUAAAAAAACUGUUCCAUACAUAUGUGCGUGUGUUCCCUGUAGUUUUUGGUGCUGAUCUGCACCAAAAAUCAUGCACCAAAAAUUCAGUUUUGUAUUGAAGUAAACAACCAUUGGUAAAAAAAAAAAAAUGCGCUGAGAAACUGCAUCAAAAACCAUGCAAAAUGAUACUGAUGUCCUAUAUAGAGGAAAGGUCAUCAGUAAAAAAAAACUCCCGGAAUACCCCUUUAAUUGUCAUAUAUAGUCAAAUACAACAACAUAACAAUCUGAAACAGAAAAUAAGAACAGACAUUGUUUAAACUUCAGACCUUUAUUUUCUUCUAUUGAAGCGCUAGAAGUCCUACAAAACGUGUGUUAAUCAAACUGACACACACAAUCAACAAUCAUAAGGAUAACUAUACUUGCUCCCUCACAAUAUAUAGUCCUCAACAUUGAAACUGCAACACCAGCACCAAGAAGGAAAUGUCGUGGAAUUAUGGUAAUAACAGGAUUGAUAGACAUGCUAAUGAUAUGCAAAUUAUAAAAAAAUGGAAACAAAAAAAAUCUCUAUUUAUUCAGUAUCAAAUAUGAGCACUAUACACAGAAAUACACACACCUACAAGCCUUGGCAUGCUAUCAAAGAGGUUAUUAAUGGUUGUCUUAGGAAUGUUCUGCCAUGCUGAAUGCACUUGGGCAUGCAAAUCAUCAAGAUCGGCAAAUGGCAGCUCCCAUUGCCAUUGCUGGCCAAUUAUGUCCCUAAUGUGCUCGAUGGAGACAAGUCCAGAGACGCUGCAGGCCAUGGUAGCCUCAUUUUAGGUCACACAGGUUGCUCACAGUAGCACUAGCACAAGAAACAUGCGGCCUGGCCAUGUCCUGUUGAAAAACAGCUCCUGGGACACUUAAAAGGGUUAUCCAAGACUUUACAAUCCCCCCCUCCCCCCAAUAUGCCUGGACCCCCUGUGCUGACCAUACUUACCUGAUCCCGGCUGGUGGUUUCCUUCCCGAUCACUCCACGGCCAUCUCAGCAUCUUCCUUGCCACCCUAGGCAUAGGAAGUGAUGUCUAAUUUCACUUGCAUUACAGAAUAGAUCACUACGUGCCAUUAUUCUAAUCCGAUGAUCUGUCUGUGCAGGGGUUCGCCUAAAUGUCUCUCUUGCUGUCCUUCCAGUUCGGCAUUGAUCUCCCAAUCACUUGGUCACACAACAUUAAACAAUGCUGACAUCUUAGCCAAGGUGUGUAGUGAUCUGCUUGAGUGAUAAACCAAGUUCUUUCAGUUCAAGGAUUCUGUCCCUCUCAGUUAGCGAUAACUGGCAACAUGCAGGAGGCAUCACACAAAGUUCCCACAUGACUGAUCUGAUUUUUGAGGUACAAAUUGGAGAAAAUGUGAUCAUCUGCAGAUCUUAGAGACACCUGCUGCUUACUCAAUUUGCAUAACCUUACGACUUGUCUUUCUUGGUAUUGCAAUUUCAAUGUUGAGGAGUAUAUAACAUAUUUGUGUUAAUAUUUUUUCUCAAUGACAAUAAAAAUAAUCAAGUUCCAGUUCCUGGGUUUACAAAAACAUCUAAAAUAUACAUAUUUUAAGGCCUCUUUAAUAAGAAUGUCACAUUCUAAUAAAUCAAGGAAAUCUGUCAGCUUGAAAACGGCACAAAAAUGUGGGGUUUUGAUAUUUGCAGUGCUAAAAAACGAAACCGGCCUUAUCGUUUGAGCCCAGCGUAUUCAUGAGCACAGUGCUCACCCUGCCUCCUCCUGCCCCUCAGGAUAACCAUUGACAGGCUGCUAUGUAUGCACUUAUACACAGCAGCCUGUCAAUCACCGCCCUGUGGAUGGGUGAGGCAGGACAAGUGCUCUGCUCAUGAAUACAGCCACACUCAAACUAUAGACUGUUGUAUGCUUUCAGCACUGCUAGUAGCAAAAACACCGAAAUGCUUGACUGUUGCUCCAUUUAAAUGGGGAACGUGGGAUCCUUGUUCUUGUGAUUGGUGGGAGUCCCUGCUGUUAGCCGCCCACUGAUCAGACAAGUAUUACUUAUCUUAAAUGGGUGAUAAAUUGUGAAUGGGUGAUAUAUUGUCAUUCUGAGAAACCUCUUGAAAUCAGUUAAAAAGGUUGUCUCAUAUUUAUAAUGUAGAGAAAGUUAAUACAAGGCACUUACUAAUGUACUGCGAUUGUCCAUAUUGUCUCUUUUGCUGGCUUGAUUCAUUUUUCCAUUGCAUUAUAAACUGCUUGUUUCCAUGGGUUAUGGCUACCGAUGCAGCGCAGAUACGAGGUUCCUAUGUAUGCAAUUACGGUCCCAACCACCAGAGAGGCCUGUGCUUUUUCCUAUAGUGUGGAAGUAUGGCUACUUUUAGGAAUUAUAAAAAAAAAAAAAAAUGAGGAUGACAGACAAAUUUAUAAGAUUAGGCAGAGAGAGGCCAAACAA